AUGUUGCCAACCAUUUAUCUUUUCAACAACAGCUUCGUGCCUGGGAGAGGCAACCAGUUAGUUGCAUUUGUAACCAAAUUCCUGAAAAGGAAUAUAAAAAUAUUCUUUACAAUUGAAAGGUGUGGGUGGGAACUUGCUGCCCACCUAUUUUCCACCCUCAUUUGUUUUCUACAGCAGAACUUUAAUUUUCACAUUUCCUUAGACACAUUGAUUUGUGAUGCCAAAUGCAGUUGUCCGGUGAACUCAUGGGAACUCUUGUUUUGUAGGUACUGUACUACAGUUGGACUUUGUGUUCUUUUUGCAGUAUUUUGUGAAUACUUCUUUUAA